CUGGGCACGCAGAGCCACCAUGCCGAACUGGGGAGGCGGCAACAAAUGCGGUGCCUGUGGCCGCACUGUCUACCAUGCCGAGGAGGUGCAGUGCGACGGGAGGAGCUUCCACCGGUGCUGCUUCCUCUGCAUGGUCUGCCGGAAAAACUUGGACAGCACAACUGUAGCGAUUCAUGAUGCUGAAGUUUACUGCAAAUCUUGCUAUGGGAAAAAGUAUGGCCCGAAAGGUUAUGGAUAUGGUCAAGGGGCAGGCACGCUGAACAUGGACAGGGGAGAGAGGCUCGGCAUCAAGCCUGAGAGCACGCCCUCUCCCCACCGACCCACAACAAAUCCAAACACUUCAAAGUUUGCUCAGAAGUUCGGAGGGGCAGAGAAAUGCUCUAGGUGUGGCGAUUCUGUUUAUGCGGCGGAGAAAGUCAUAGGAGCUGGAAAGCCGUGGCACAAAAACUGCUUCCGAUGUGCCAAGUGUGGAAAAAGCCUAGAAUCUACAACCCUAACUGAAAAAGAGGGAGAAAUCUAUUGUAAAGGUUGUUAUGCGAAGAACUUUGGCCCCAAGGGAUUUGGGUAUGGCCAGGGAGCUGGUGCCCUCGUUCAUGCCCAGUGAGGAGGCAGGGCUCAAAACCCUUAGGGCGCUGCUGAGAUCCUGCUACAAGAAACAAGAGAGUUUCCUAAAUGUUACUAACUACUGUGAAACAGAUACUAGUUACUGUAGUGCUUGGGCAUACGUUCAGCAGAUGAUUUUUUUUAAAAAGCACUGCUUUUUUCCUUGCUUUGUGUAUCACACUGUAACACUUUUAAUACUGAAUAUCAAUUCAAUAAAGCUUUGCUUGUUGAUAUAUCCUAAA